AUGUCUGAGAAAUUGGCAAAUGUGACUGUCAUAACUGAAUUUUUACUCCUGGGAUUCCCUGGUAAUCAGGUGCUACAGAGACUCUGUGCCUCUGUCUUCUUCCUGGUUUACCUGGCAGCUCUGAUGGGGAACCUGCUCAUUGUCACCCUCACCUCCCUUGAUCAGCAGCUCCAGACCCCCAUGUACUUCUUCCUGAAGAACUUGUCUUUGAUUGACAUCUGCUACAUCUCCACCACUGUCCCCAAGUGCAUCAUGAACACCCUGACCAACAGCCACUCCAUCUCCUUUGUGGGCUGUGCCUCUCAGGUUUUCCUGGUCAUCUUUUUUGCAGGCACAGAGUAUGCUCUCCUGCUAGUGAUGUCCUAUGACCGCUAUGCUGCCAUCUGCCACCCUCUGCACUAUGAGGCCAUCAUGAACAGAGGGGCCUGUGUGCAGAUGGUGACAGUGGCGUGGCUCAGUGGCUGUGUCUAUGGAUCCAUCCAUGUGGCAGGGACAUUCUCUGUGCGUUUCUGUGGCCCCAACACAGUGCAGCAGUUCUUCUGUGAUAUCCCUUCCCUUCUCACACUGGCUUGUGCUGGGGAUCAAAUUCUGGAAUAUUUGUUUAUUAUUGCUAGUUGUUGUUUUGCUUUUGUGUGCUUCAGUUUACUGGUUAUUUCUUACAUUUAUAUUUUCUCCACUGUUCUGAAAAUCCCUUCUGCUCAAGGCAGAUUCAAAACACUCUCCACCUGUCUGCCCCACCUAACUGUGGUGACCCUGUUCCUCUCUUCUGGAUUUAUUGCAUACUUGGGCUCAGCUUCAAAAUCACCAUCAUCCCUUAAUCUCUAUAUUUCUAUCUUAUAUUCUCUAUUACCUCCCAGUCUGAAUCCUGUCAUUUACAGUCUGAGAAACAGGGAUAUGAAGCUGGCCCUUGCCAAAAUCUGUCAUGAAAUAUGUCACCAAACAUAUAAGUAUCUAAUAUAUCAUUGA